UCGGUUAGACCAUUUAUGCCAUUCCCAAAUCACAACGGCAAACACUUUGACUUCAAUACGCUGCGGAAAUGUUGAAAGGUGGAGGUGUUCUCGCCUUCGCCGCCUUCCUCGUCCUCGCUUUCCCAGCCCUUUCCGAGAAUCUUAACCCUAAUCCCAGCACUGCCUAUGACGAGCUGCAGGGUAGCGGCCUCCCGGUCGGCCUCCUCCCCGCCGGCGUCGUCGCUUAUUCCCUCAACCGAACCUCUGGCGAUUUCGAGGUCGACUUCGGUGAGGCAUGCCGCGUCACCCUCCCUCCUGACAAUUAUCUAGCCUCCUACUCUAAUCGAGUCACCGGGAACCUUGUCGCCGGCCGCAUCACGGGGCUUCAAGGCAUACGGGUCCGCGCCUUCUUCCGGUGGUGGUCGAUCACAGGGAUCCGAUCCUCUGGAAAAGAUAUCGUCUUCGAGGUCGGCCCCACGUCGGCCAAGUAUCCCUCCCGAAACUUCGAUCAAAGCCUUGAUUGCGAGGGCCGUAACCCUACAGUUGCCGCUGCGUAGAACCAAAGGAGACCAAGAAGGUCACAAUCUACAUGCUACAUUUUCAUGACCUCAUAGAUUCUUCAGCAGCAUCGGGAAUCAUUUACCCUUUUUUUUUCCAUGUUAACGUAGUUGUCUGUCAACAUACGAUCUUAUGUUCUUCAUCAUCUUGUAUAACUGAUGGCACAACACUCAGUUCAUUAUCAUUGGAUACCUGUCUCACGAAAUGAUUAAUGUAAGACUCAGAUAUUGGGCAUCA